UGUAAUUAAUCAAGUCUGUCGUGAAGUGGACUAGGGUCUAGGCCUUAUUAUUUUUUGUUUGGAUUUGGGCGAGCAGUAUGUUCCGAUUGUUUGACAAUAGGUAGAUGAUACGGUACAGUCAUGGCAGACGAUAUCGAUGACCUUCUAGACGAAGUAGAGACCAAAUUUUGUGCGAAAAGCCCUGUAAAAAAAGAUAGUUCCAGUCGUCGCCGAGAAGACACCAAUCCUUUCGGUUCGAAAUCAAAGAAACCAGAUAGAGAAUCACACCCUGCUCUCUCAAAGAAAAGCAGCAGUUCUAAGAAGUUAGCAAGCGAAGAUGAUGACCUGAACUCCAUGAUAGAUGACAUCAUAGAUGGACCAGAACCACCGAAAACACUCCAAAGACAGAACAGCCAGACCAGUACGACUCCUCGAACAACAAGCAUAUCCCAGCGACGCUGCAACCCAGUGUACCUUGGAGGCAGCGCAGAUCCCAUGGGACUAAGCUCGGCUGUAUCACAGCGGAUGUGUGAUCAACUACGUUGUACAUCGUGUGACUUCAAGAUUGUGGCUUUCGACAACUAUGAGUGGGACUCUACCUGCGAAUAUCUCUUCUUCAGGAAUAACGUUCCCGACUUCAAGAAAUUGAGCACCAAGUUAAAAAAACGGAAAGGAUGUCGAGCAUAUGCGUGCCAGUGCAUGUGGCGAUCGGUCAAGACGGUGACCAAAGUGGAGCAAGAUCACCAACUGAAAUGGGUCUGUGGCAAGCACUCAUUGUGACAUUGCUGGUUGUGGUGCAGCACAGGCUGCCUCUGGAAAGUCCCAGGUCUGCGUAGCAGCCCCACACUCAUCCAUGGGACGUGGCUGAAGCCAUUGACCGUAGACAGAACUCUCAGACAAACUCACAGACAUCAGCUGACAGUAUUCAACUGGGCUAAGUACUCAUCCAAAUCAGGUACAACGGUUUGUGGAUGAACUCAGGCAUUCAAGAUUAUGAGAAACUGUUAACUGCGUAAUGCCUAUUUGGGAAAGCGGUGCCCAGCCAUGACACCAAAUAGGAGUGUCAAGUUUACAGAUUUAAGGAGUGUGAAAUCUACAUGUACUCAUCUACCAAAUUAAACAAAGACUCCCAUCCUUGCUUGGGAGAAUGUUUAUUGGACAGAACGCUAGUGGCUUUAGCUUAUGCAUGCUGUUUCCCCUUUAAAUGUGUUUAAAUCAGUGUGCUCAGAGCUGAAGUGCAUACUUCCUGCCUUGUACCAUUUUCACUUAGCGCGCUGGCACAGAGCCCUUGGUGGUGUAUUAUAAGCAAUGUCAUAGUCGAUUCCCCCCCCCCACAGUCAUCCAUUCUCAAUUCGAGUCACAAGCUAUUCAAAUGAGGACAAAUUUGAGUGACGAUUAUUUGUUGACUACUGGUUGAGUUUCUCUAACCAAAAUGGUGGAUUAUGUAUCAGUGCAUAUAGGCAAUUAGCACACAGUAGCCGCAUGCUGUACUGCCCACAAAAUGAACAGCUGUUUUGGGUUACAAGUCUAAAAUUGGCACUGGUGUCUCUUUAUUCAUGUACAUGUACAGCUCUGGAUUUGGUGAACCUUGUCUGGCCUAAGCCAGGUCUAUGUGAAGUUAUCACCUUUCUGAAAAACCAUUUUAGAGGCAUCUUUGGGUCAAGGUUUUCCAUUGCAAAAGGAAGAGGAACACACAAGGAAACCGUCCAGCUUAAAAAGAGUGUUCACAGUGUAAGAAACCUGAGUAUUUUCACCAGUGGUGUAUCCAGAUUUUGGUGUGGGGGGGGGGAGAAUUCAAAAGCAAAUGUACUGUUGGGCCCGUUCGACAUGAUAAUGGGGGAGAAAAAAUAUAGUCAAUUUAUACGAUAAAUAAAUACACCGAUUAGUUUCUUUCCUACUCACCUAUGAAGUAUUCUCAGUCGGGGAAAAAAAAAUUUUAUAAAAUUCCGAGUACAAUGUAUCCGCCACUGAUUUUCACAGAGUUUUCCUUACUACACAUAAACAAAGGAUUGGCAACCCUAGGUAUGUUUACGUACCGGUAAAUAUGCUUGUGCAUUUGGUGUAUUUUCGCAGGGGAGGUUGUUGCUUAGGUUAAAGAGGUCCUUUAGUAUUCAUGAUUUGACUCAUCCUUAUACAUGUAUAUCUUGUGACACAUUCAGUUCUACGCAGUCUCAUUCCAUGUAGCUAAUGAGGGAAACAAAACUGACAACCACCUACCCUCCAGAUUGGGGCAUUAUUCCAGAUUCAUUCCAAGUGUAUAUAUUUUUAUCUAAGAAUAUGCACUAUACGUAAAAUAAUUCAGUGUGCUGAAUAAUUCAGUAUCGCUAGAUCAGGUUCAGUUCAAAGUUAGGAAUGAGGCAUAAACGUCACAGGUUUGCUCCGUUUUGAAUAAUGGUCGGUUGGACCAUGAAGUGACGUGUUGUGGAUAGUUGCCGCACCACGAACUGACGUAACGUGCGUACAAAGUCUAUGGACAGUACCUCACUUCUUGAUCCACCAAAACUAUCCUCCACGUCACUUUGUGGUGAUACCGAUGUGUACUAGUUAUAAAUGGCUAUAUAUUUUUGUAUAUGUGUAUACCCUUCUUGUAAUCGUACUUGGGAGGAAAAUUACACGUAUCAUAUUGAGUAAUCGGGUCCCGCUGUUGUAUAAAAUAGACCUUUUCACCCACGUGACUGGAUUGCACUAAAUGAUUGCACUAAAUGAUGUAAACAAUAUCUCCGCGUGUUGACCGCCUUGGCCACGGUGAUCGUAAAUAUUCCUACAGGCAGCUUCAACCACGUGCAAGCGCACGUGCGAGCCCUGCA